AGAAAGUAUACGUAUAUAAUCGACAUGACCAACGAUGCUUGGGUUGAUGUGGACGUGAUGACCCAUCGCCACCGCAACCACCUCAGUGACUCGUAUUCCCCUCUCGUGGAUUGCAUCGCGAUUCCUGCGCAGGACCAGCUCAAUGUGUUCCGGUGCCGCACCACGGCGGCGACGGGUGAAUUUGGCGAGCUGGAGAUCCUAGCGCAAGCAAAUCGUGCAGCAAUCAAAGCUAGUGACCCCUAUUUGCAUGUGUCUUGGUCAAGGCAUCGACACGGCAACAGAGUCUUCUUGGCAGCAGCGACAUUGACUGAUGUUCAAGUGUGGGAAUGGAAGCACCAAUCAAAGGCCCUCCAGUCAUUGCGUGUUUUGAAAAACGUGUCCAAGCGCAUCUGUGCUCUUCAUUGGCACCCCCUGGAAGCCACUCUCUUGGUUCACUCGUCCACAACUCUCAAGUUUGUGUCCGUGACCGAGCCAGACGACGACGACUGGUUGGAGCUGUCAACUCCCACAACAACGCCCAAGCAACUCUCGUGCUGGAACCCCUCGGGCACCCACUUGGCCAUAACAGGAGGAACUACUGUGACAGUGUUGUCGUGGAUCCAAUCCACGGAGGCCGACUCUCCAACACGGUGGCGCACAGAGCCAGCAGCGAUGCCGACUAUGGAAGUGGACAACUGCAUCGUCGCGCUAGCCUUUCUCACAGACCACGCCGUGGUUGUGACGACGGAGCGCCCCGUGCACGUGAAGCCUCCAUCUUCGCCGCCAUUCCUGAUGGCGAUAGCGCCAGCCCGACCCAUCCUGGCACAUGUGGCCGACGUCGAACCCACGGCCAGCCACGUCAUAAACUUGAUGCACGUCAAGAGCUCCACGUCAACCUCGUCGACGUUCUCGCUGGUGCUGCCGGAAUUGAGCAGUCGGUCGAUCUGGGGUGAUACCGAGCACAUUGCACCACCAAUCCCAUCAGCAUCAGCCUUUUCAUCGUUGCUUGACGAAGGUGGUGAUGGCAGCAACACGACAUCUCAGCCGGUCGUGGCGUGCGCUCAAGCGAUCGUAAUCUCGUGGACGCGGACAGAGCCGACGGUGUUAUGCCGAUCCGCCGCGGUGGACAUGCCGAAGCUAGCGAUUCCCGACAUGGUGGCCACGUGUCGUACGGGCACAACAAACGUGGUGGCAGUGGCGGUGGGCAGUCACGUGUCGUCCAGUGCGAUCCUCGUUGGACAGUACAAACGAGGGGGUUCACCUCAGUUGGCAUGGACACUUGACGACGACAAGGACAGCGGGAUGAUCGUGUGGCCGACCCCCCGCCAAGUCCACGGCCUUACCAUGACCCGAUCCAAGACCCAUGGCGAUGACGGCGUUGUGCUGGUGCAUGUCCUCGACAGCCACAAGCCAUCGGGUUUCUCUUUUGCCUCUUCGUCCGCUUCCACCAUCUCGCGAUCCCUGGCGUACCACGCGCAUGUUCGUCGCAUCAUAGCACCUCCAUCCUCUUCGCUACUACCUCCAUCCUCUUCGUUGUCGUUGGUGGAGAUGGUGGCGAGUCUUCGGUCGCUCAUCGAGAAUCGCUUUAACCAAGUUGACGGCAAGCUACACGCAUUGGAUCGGCGGCUGCAGCGCGUCGAAGCGGCUUUCGCCGUCGGGGUGGAUGACUCUCCAUAGAACUACUACAUACUAGUAGUACAUUGGCUGAUAUUUCGAACACGGAGGGCAGGGUGAUGCAGGUUGUGGGCUCCGUGUGUGACGAUGAUGUUGACACUGUGAGUGCGAUGGUCAAAAUGUGUGACGAUGUGCAAUGUCCUCUCUCUGACUAUACAGUACUUGUAUAUAUUAUCACGUCGAUUCGAAUUUGGAGUGGGCCAAAUAGACCGACCAAUCAAAACCCAGAACGCGAAUCAAGUAGCCAAUCCAGUUCACUCUUCGACCAAAUCAUUAUUGAAUUAGUGUUUGACAUAAAUUAGUGUGACACGGGUCGAUUUUUACAAUUGGUCGAUUGAUUUCGUGGUGAAUUAGCACAAAAUUCCAAAUUAAAUCAGGUAAAAGGACCAAAUGCCACACAAUGAUGAAA